GGUCGGGGCGGGGAUCUCCCCGUCGCUCUUACGUCUGUCAAGGAGCGGCAGACGCCGCUGCAAGAGAUAAAGUAAAAGGCGAGCGGAGGGGCCGGGGGCAGACUCGACAGGCAUCGCGAUGGGAAGCAGCUCCCCGCAGCACCCGCAGAGCCAACCCAGCUAGAGCCGGGCCGGGAGGGGAGCCGGGGGACGGCGGCAGCCCCGGGAGCCCGGGCCGCCGAGGGGCAGCGGGGCAGGCGGAGGCAGCGGCGGCCGCCGGCUUCUCUCGCAGCAGCAGCAGCAGCCGAGCUCAGAUCGCUUCCACCCGCCCCCCCUCCCGCCUCCCUGCGAACCCCCGCCCCGACCCUCCGCCUCCCGCUCGCCUUCUGCAGCCGAGCUCGGAUUUAGGGAUAUAGUGGGAGGAGGAGGGAAAGGCGGGCGGGGGGGGGGGGGUCGUCGGUUCCAUUUGUUUAUCCACGGAGGGGUGAAGAAACCCCGCCGGGGGGCCAGGAGGAGGCCGGGGCUGGGAGUGUGUGGAGGGGUGAGUGGCGGCGAGCCCCCAGCAGCGUGGCCUUUUGGGGGGGCGCGUGGGGGAGGGUGGCGGAGGAGGGCCGGGGCUGGCCGCCGCGGACCUGGCCGUAGAUGACUGCAGAAGCGCAGCAGGCUCUGUCCUCUCAGCCCCCUCCUCCUCCGGUGCAGAGCAGCUACGGCCCCAUGUCCUCCGUGGCCGAGAAGCAGCCGCAGAGCUCGGCCAUGGACGCCGCCUCCGCGGCGCCCGGAGGGGCGACCGGCAGCGCUCCGGGCAGCGGCGGCGCGGCGGGCAGCGGCGGUCCCAAGGCGAAAAAGACCAACGCGGGGAUCCGGAGGCCGGAGAAACCACCUUAUUCUUACAUCGCCCUCAUCGUCAUGGCCAUCCAGAGCUCGCCCUCCAAACGCCUGACCCUCAGCGAGAUCUACCAAUUCUUACAGAGCCGCUUUCCUUUCUUCCGCGGCUCCUACCAGGGCUGGAAAAACUCGGUGCGCCACAACCUCUCGCUCAACGAGUGCUUCAUCAAGCUGCCCAAGGGGCUGGGACGGCCGGGCAAGGGCCACUACUGGACCAUCGACCCGGCCAGCGAGUUCAUGUUCGAGGAGGGCUCGUUUCGCCGCCGACCGCGCGGUUUCAGGAGGAAAUGCCAGGCGCUGAAGCCCAUGUACAGCAUGAUGAACGGGCUCAGCUUCAACCACCUCCCCGAGAGCUACGGCUUCCAGGGCUCGGCCGGCGGGCUCUCCUGCCCCCCCAACAGCCUCUCCCUCGAAGGGGGCUUGGGGAUGAUGAACGGGCAUUUGUCCAGCAACGUGGAAGGGAUGGGCCUGCCGGGACACUCCGUGCCCCACCUGCCCGCCAACGGUGGGCAUUCCUACAUGGGCGGCUGUACCGGCUCCUCGGCAGGGGACUACCCGCACCACGAGAGCUCCGUGCCCGCCUCCCCGCUGCUCUCCGGAGGCGGCGUGAUGGAGCCCCACUCGGUUUACUCCAGCUCGGCCUCGGCGUGGGCUCCCUCCGCCUCGGCGGCCUUGAACACCGGCGCGUCCUACAUCAAACAGCAGCCCCUCUCUCCCUGCAACCCUACGGCCAACCCGCUCUCCUCCAGCCUUUCCACGCACUCCCUCGACCAGUCCUACCUGCACCAGAACAGCCACAACACCGCCGAGCUGCAAGGCAUCCCGCGGUAUCACUCCCAGUCUCCGAGCAUGUGCGACAGAAAGGAAUUCGUCUUCUCUUUCAACGCCAUGGCCUCCUCCUCCAUGCAUUCAGCGGGCAGCGGCUCCUAUUACCACCAACAAGUGACAUACCAGGACAUCAAGCCGUGCGUUAUGUGAUACGGGGUGGAAAAAAACACCUCCUGGGGCAGGCGAGGCCUGAGCCGGGCCCCAAAUCACCCCCCAGGACCCUCUCGAUGGAAAAGGGGGCUCUGCAGACUGGAGGUAUAAGCAGGGGAGCGGGGCUGCGGCCCCGGGGCUGAGCCUGCCCCGCAGCUGAGCAUCGGCCGGACCCGGCCUCCAGCCCGGGUCUUCAUCACACACCGUCUCUGCCUUCUUCUUCUGCUUCAUCGUUUGGGGCUGGGUUGAGAAGAAAGCCAAAGCAGACCCUCCCCAUCCCUCUCCAAAAACCCCGACUGCCAGUUUGGGUUCGGCAAAUGAGGUUUUGACGCUUCUUUUUGUUCGUGGCUAUUAUUUUUUUCACCAAACCCGUGGCUACUUCCAGUUUUUAAUGGGCAGCGAGCGAUGCCAGCGGCCCGGCUGGCGGGCGCGGGGACGGAGCGGGUUUGGAGGGGGGCUGCAAAAGACCCUGACCCCCGAACCGGCGCAUCCCGCGGCCCCUCCGCGCUGCACCGCGGGGACAAGCGGCCGCGCCGCCGGCUCCUCCCGCCCCAGCCCCAUCGAUCCCGUCUCACUCGAGCCCGAAAAUUACCUUAUUUUUCCUUUUUUCCCCCCCUGCAAACACCCAGCGGGAAGAAAAAAAAUCUCUUAGAGGGACUUUUUUUUUACCUAUUAAUAUUCUUCCUUUUUUUUUUGCGUGCAUAAAGACUGCAGGAUCAGGCCCUGCGCAGAGAGAAUAAGGCACUUUGAAAAGAGGCAGCCGUGCUCAUUCUGUUAUUUAUUCUACAUAUAUUUUUGUUGGUCGUUGUUGCUAAUAAUGGAGACCCGAGCAGUCUCAGUUGAUCAGUAUUAAAUCGGUGAAUCUCUGUUGGCAAUAUUUGCCAUAUAGAUUUUUGGGUUUUUUUUUUUAGUUAACCUUUGUAAAUUGUAAACCAAUCAUGGUCUCUGUGUAAAGACAAACCUCCAUAUGUUUUUAUAGAAAUAUAUAUAUAAUGAAGGAUUAUUCCCCUCCCUUUUCCCCCUCCUCUCUAUUUUUUCCCCACCCUGACUUUGUACAGUUCGGUGACACCUAUUUUAAUUCUUUCUGCACUGUAUAGAAUUGUAAUUAUGUGGGUUCGUUUAUUUUUUCCCCCUCCCUGCCCUUUUCUGUACGUUUUUGUCCCUGAAGGAAAACAAACAAACAAAAAAAUCGACCCGAAAUAAAACGUGUAUGGUAUUUGUACAUGGGCUUCACGAUUGUAUGAGCAGCAAAUAAACGGUGUAACACGC